CCCAACUCUCCUCUGAACAAAGAUGAGUCGGUGUUGGCUGCUUAUUCGUGCCAAGAUUUUUGUUCCUUGUGAUGCUCCGUGGCCCUUGUGAUGCUAAACUUGCAUCACUAGGUUACUUUCCUGCCCCCCUUUGAUGAAAGGGCCAAGAAAUGAAUAAAGUGGCGUUGGGAGCAGGCGACAACGCUUAGCUUUUACUGUGUGCCUGCGGGGCCACUGUUUUUACCUAGUACUCCACGAAUGAAACGCACCUGUUUUACACCGUCUGUUUGGAUCAGUAUAACCAUUUGGUUGUGUUUGUACUACUAUCUUAAAACUGAGCGUUUGCUUCUUUUUACAAACCAUAACUUCUGGUGGCCAUGUAAAAAAAAGAAACUAAUGGUGGCAAUGAUGUGUUUGUUUGCAGUCCCUGACUGCAUUGUCUGCACAAAAAGGACAUACAAGAUCUGCUGCUUGUUGGAUUUCGCAAGGAAUUACUUUUUUCUAGUUUUAGGAUGUUACAGCAAUUCCUAAAAUGUGAAGUGCUCUGUUUCAAAAAAAAUAUAUGUGAAGUGCUAAAAGCUUCUGUAUGGUGAAUUUGUUGUAAAAUAUGAUUAGAGGGCUAGAUCCAUGGCCAGCCUUUUGCCUUUUCUUUUUCCCUUUGUUUCCUUCUUGCCCCUCCUCAAUAUUCACUCAUUUUCAUCUGUUGUCCUACUGAUGAAUCGAUUCCCUUCUUUGCUUUCCCACUUUAAGCAUCUUGUCUUUGCUUCAUCAGAGAGUCAUGGAACCUAUCAUAUUGGCCAGUGGAUGGGUUAAUACAUAUACGUCACCUCAUUUCAGCACUGGUAACCUAGGCUCUGGCCACCAUGGCAGGGCUUGGCAUUGGAGCACCAAUCGUGAAGGUGUAUCAUGAGAAAUCUAUAAUCUUACCGGAUGUGUCAAGGGUGCUUGCAUGCCUGUAUGAGAAGGGAAUCGACUUUGAGAGAGAGACAUUCUCCUCUUACAAGAGCCUACUCAGACUUCAGGCAUCGAGCCAUGUUCCAGUUCCAUUCUAUGAUGGACCUAAUAAAUUCCUAGAAGAAUCAAGAGAAAUCUGCCGCCAUAUAGCAGAGACUUAUGAAGAUCACGGAUACCCAUUUCUCCUUGGGAAGGAUUCCCUUGAGAGGGCUUCCAUCGAGGAAUGGCUCCACCAUGAAGAGCAUAAUUUCAACCCUCCGAGCAGAUCCUUGUUCUGCCACUUGGCCUUUCCCGUUGCUGAAGAAGAUGAUGAUAUAGACUUGCAGACGAGAAAGCUAGAAGAUGUUCUGGAAGUUUAUGAGCAAAGGCUUGGUGACAGUGAAUUCCUUGCUGGCAACAAGUUCACUCUUGCCGACCUAGUACACCUGCCAAACUCCUACCACAUCACAAAUUCUGAAAAGUUUCUGUACCUAUAUGAUUCAAGAAAGAAUGUGCAGAGGUGGUGGCAUGCUAUUUCUAGCCGGGGUUCUUGGCAGAAGGUGCUGAAGGUUAUGCACGAGGUGGAGCGGCAGAACAAACAAGAGGAACUUGACAAACAGCAGCAGCGCAAACAGGAAGAACUUCAGAAGCAGCAGCGGCGUCAGUGGCGGAGACAGCAUCCUCCAACCAGCAGACCCCAGUUUCGUCUACACUCACGGGAGCAACCCAGCACAAAACCUCACACGAUAUUGGUUCCUCCCCCUGUUAGUAUCAUCGCAGCAUCUCCCACGACUCCUCAAGCAGAGGAGCCUCAUCCUACAGGAACUUCUCCUGAUGAAACACCAGUCUCCUCAAGCCGAAGUAUCCCUACUACUCAUAAACCUUCAGAUGUCCGAAGCAAACAUACUACCAUUUCUACUACACAUGAAGAAACUCCACCAGCCUAUGUCCAAAGUACUCCUAGAAUUCCUAAAAAAUCUCCUAUUCCUGUCGAAAGACGAAUCAACUUUUUUACCCCAGCUACCUCUCCUACCACUACUGAGAAGCCCUCAAGAACUGGCGCUGAUAAGCCCAGAAUUGGAGAUGCCUCACUUCCUUCUGAAGCCACUGAAAUAGACCUCCCUACUAAAUCCAAGCCAAGUUCAUCCAAAAAAGCAUCUGAUAAGCUUCAUGAUUUCUAUGAGGCAAGCAGACAUACUGAUGAAGCAGAACCUUAUACUGAAUCCACCUCACCAAAACCUUCAGAAAUGCUGGACGAGAUAUCUGAAACUGAUGGGCCCAGCAAUGUCAUUGAUCAUGCCGAAACCAGUCCAAGAUUAGCUAAAGAAGAUUCUGACCGACUCAGGGCGUCAGGUUUCUGGACUGAGAACACAGCCCCCAAUGCUGAUACUCAGGAUAAGAAAUCAAUUCGAUACACUGAGCGUACUUCACAAAGACCUGUCGGAAAUAUUUCUAGCAGAGCUACUGACCAGAGAGUUACAUAUACUUCUCCUGAGAAGCCCCAUUCAACUGAAGCACUGGAACCAGCGAGCAUGGAUGAGCAACUGCCUCAAGGACCGGAAAGGACAACUCAGACACCCUACACUGCUCAGAGAAGAGAUGUUUCUUCUAUGCCUUGGCAACGAGCUGCUGAUGUUCAAGGAAUUGCUAAGGAGGACGGAGCAUCAUCCAGAGGUGCUGUAAGGCCCCCUUAUGCACGGAAGGAUGCUGCGGAAGCAAGGUUCCCUGCUGACCGCAGAAAAGAUGCUUCUCUCCCUAAGGGUGCACGAGAUGACACUCAAGCUAUUCCAUUAUAUGAUGAUGAUACCAACCAGGAAGCCAGAGAAACUGCAUCUGCACCAAGGCGAACAAGAGCUCAAGAUCCAUAUGAUACCUCUGAAGGAACAUCAUCUAGAUCACAACCUACCAGUGCUCCACAUGAUGCUGUUCCUCCGCCCAAGCAAGCAACAUCUGAAGGCCCUUAUGCACAAAAGGAUGUUGUGGAAGCAAGAAGGUUCCGUGUUGACCACAGAAAAGAUGCUCCUCUCCCGAAGCGUGUACGAGAUGAC